AACCACCGUAACAACAUAGAUAAUAAGAACACGAACACAACCACCAACAACAACAACGUUAGUAGUAACAAUUGUAGUGAUUCAAAAAACAUGGAUUCUGAUUCAAAAGGUGGAGUCUUUCCGGCUUUUCCAGCAAAGAGAAGCAUAGCUGAGAGAAGGGGUUUCAAUUCCAAUGCAGCAAGGAUCAACACAGCUAGGUUCAGAACAAACGCAAUCACAACAAGCCCUUUCGCUUCUCCAUCUCCAUCUUCUUGUUCUGCAUCACCAUGCAUUACUAUACCCCCAGGCAUUAGUCCCACUGCAUUGCUUGAUUCUCCGAUCAUGCUUCCCAAUUCUCAGGCUAUGCCUUCUCCAACUACUGGCUCAUUUCAUUGGCUAAGUUCUUUGCCACUUGAUCAAGGGAAUCUCAAUGAUGCUCCUGAUUCUUCCCUCAAGUUUAAGAACAAUGCCACCCUUGCCGAUCCUAAUCCUUUGCCUCCUUACUCUGCGUCUCUGAAUCAGGUUUCUAGUAAUUGGCACAUGGUAAAGGGAGGAAAUACAGACUGUCAAUCAAUUGUUCCAGUUCUGCCGCCGAUAGAUUUUUCGUUCCCGGAAGACUUUUCGAAAGGACAAAACGCAAAAAGUAUUGAGUCCCGUUCAUUCAAUGAUGUGAAAAUGGUAAAUUGUUCACUUGUUAAUGUUAAUAAAGUUGAGAUGAUGCAAAUAUCACGUUCCGAUGAAGCUGGUGAUGAAAGCACUCUGCCGAAAAAUGUUACUCUUGGUGGGGAUAUCAGAAGGCAACCUGUUAUGGAGAAAGACCAGAAGGAGACCUUGCUUGCAACUGGAGUGGUAAGGACCUCGGAGGAUGGUUAUAAUUGGAGAAAGUAUGGUCAGAAACAAGUAAAAGGUAGCGAGUAUCCUAGGAGUUAUUAUAAAUGUACUCAACCUAAUUGUCAGGUCAAGAAGAAGGUGGAAAGAUCCCAUGAUGGCCAAAUAACAGAAAUUAUCUAUAAGGGUACUCAUAACCAUUCAAAACCACACCUUGGUCGUCGAGCGUUAGGGCUUUCCACUGAUGAGAUGUCAGAGAUGGGUGAAGCUGGUGAAAACUAUGCUAAACUUGAAGGUCCAGGUUGGAAAAAUGUUCAACCGGGAGCAAAAGACACAAAGCACAGUUUGGAUUGGAAGGCUGAUGGUCAGGAAAGAACAUCCUCAACUUCUGUCGUGACUGAACUUUCGGAUCCUAUGUCGACUAACAAAGGUAAACCUUUGUGUGCCUUUGAAGCGGAAGACACUCCCGAACAUUCUUCCACACUUGCCAGUAAUGAUGGUGAUGAAGAUGGAACCACUCAAGCACUAGCACCAGCUGAGGAUGAUGCUGAAGAUGAUGAAUCAGAUUCCAAAAGAAGGAAAAAAGAGAACUACUUGGUUGAAUCAACUUUGCCUUCUAGGGCUGUUCGUGAGCCAAGAGUGGUGGUCCAAAUUGAGACCGAGAUUGACAUACUCGAUGAUGGUUAUCGAUGGCGCAAGUAUGGACAAAAGGUUGUCAAAGGAAACCCAAACCCAAGGAGCUACUAUAAAUGCACAAGUGCCGGAUGUCCCGUGAGGAAACACGUCGAAAGGGCUUCGCACAAUACGAAAUAUGUAAUCACUACAUAUGAGGGCAAACAUAAUCAUGAAGUGCCGACGGCCAGAACCAACAAUCAUGUAAGCUCGAAUGAUGGUGGUUUACCUCCCAGUGGUCCUAAUGGCCAAUCAGCUCUUGCAUUACCUGGCAGUGCUGUUAUCCCGAAGUCUGAAAAUCAUCAAACUCUUACGUCUCAUUUUGAUCGAAAACCUGAAUUCGGCAGCGACUUUCUUCGGCCGAGUUUGGUUGGAGCAUUCAGCAACAAUUUGAAGUUCGGUUCUUCCCCCAUGUGCCAAAUGAAGUAUCCUUCCUUGAGUAGCACCAUGCCUUACGGUUCGUUUGGACUGAAUCCCGAUCGCUGCACUGCCCCACAAGCUGGAUCUAUUCCCUCAGUGUAUCCCGACUUUCCAAUGCCGCUUCCCUUGAAUCUUCCCUCAUCCGGAAACUUCUCUCUUGCUGGACUAAACUUCAACUGUGCAAAGCCAAUGAAUCCAGUGCAGCCUUUCCUUUCAGGGCAACAAGUGAAGGAUAUUGAUACUGGGUUCUUGAGGCCUAAACAGGAGCAGAAGGAUGAUGCAAUAUAUGGAACAUGCUUACCUCCAGUUGAUCAUGGAAAUUCUUCAUCAGCAGCACCAUCAUCCAUUUACCAGCAAGUCAUGCAAAAUUUCCCUUCAUAAAUUUUGGUCUUAACUUCUGUUAGCAACAGCAAAUUCAAUUGGUUUUUUAUUUAGUGUUUUUUUUUUUUUAAAGAAAGGUCAUAAAUUAUUUAGUUUUUUUCCCCUUGGUAUUUGAGGAAACAAACUGUGGUGUGCUCUUUUGCACAAAUCGAACACCUGUAUUUUGUAACUAGUUCUUGGUAGGUUAAUUGUUUUGUUGUCCUAUCAUUAUAGUUUA